AUGACUCUCGGGAACGACCCUUUGGACAUGACUCUCGGGAACGACGCUUUGGACACGACUCUUGGGAACGACGCUUUGGACACGACUCUCGGGAACGACGCUUUGGACACGACUCUCAGGAACGACGCUUUGGACACGACUCUUGGGAACGAUUCUUUGGACACGACUCUCGGGAACGACCCUUUGGACACGACUCUCGGGAACGACGCUUUGGACACGACUCUCGGGAACGAACGCUUUGGACACGACUCUCGGGAACGACGCUUUGGAAACGACUCUCGGGAACGACCCUUUGGAGACUACUCUCGGGAACGACCCUUUGGACACGACUCUCGGGAACGACGCUUUGGACACGACUCUCGGGAACGACGCUUUGAAAACGACUCUCGGGAACGACCCUUUGGAGACUACUCUCGGGAACGACCCUUUGGACACGACUCUCGGGAACGACGCUUUGGACACGACUCUCGGGAACGACGCUUUGGACACGACUCUUGGGAACGACGCUUUGGACACGACUCUCGGGAACGACGCUUUGGACACGACUCUCAGGAACGACGCUUUGGACACGACUCUCGGGAACGACUCUUUGGAGACGACUCUCGGGAACGACGCUUUGGACACGACUCUCAGGAACGACGCUUUGGACACGACUCUCGGGAACGACGCUUUGGACACGACUCUCGGGAACGACUCUUUGGACACGACUCUCGGGAACGACGCUUUGGACACGACUCUCGGGAACGACGCUUUGGAAACGACUCUCGGGAACGACCCUUUGGAGACGACUCUCGGGAACGACCCUUUGGACACGACUCUCGGGAACGAUUCUUUGGACACGACUCUCGGGAACGACGCUUUGAAAACGACUCUCGGGAACGACCCUUUGGAGACUACUCUCGGGAACGAUUCUUUGGACACGACUCUCGGGAACGACCCUUUGGACACGACUCUCGGGAACGACGCUUUGGAGACGACUCUUGGGAACGACCCUUUGGACACGACUCUUGGGAACGACGCUUUGGACACGACUCUCGGGAACGACGCUUUGGACACGACUCUCGGGAACGACGCUUUGGACACGACUCUCGGGAACGACGCUUUGGACACGACUCUCAGGAACGACGCUUUGGACACGACUCUCAGGAACGACCCUUUGGAAACGACUCUCGGCAACGACCCUUUGGACACGACACUUGGGAACGACGCUUUGGAGACGACUCUCGGGAACGACGCUUUGGACACGACUCUCGGGAACGACGCUUUGGAACGACUCUCGGGAACGACGCUUUGGACAUGACUCUCGGGAACGACGCUUUGGACACGACUCUCGGGAACGACGCUUUGGACACGACUCUUGGGAACGACGCUUUGGAGACGACUCUUGGGAACGACGCUUUGGACACGACUCUCGGGAACGACGCUUUGGAGACGACUCUUGGGAACGACGCUUUGGACACGACUCUCGGGAACGACGCUUUGGAGACGACUCUCGGGAACGACGCUUUGGAGACGACUCUUGGGAACGACGCUUUGGACACGACUCUCGGGAACGACGAUCCCGGGUUUGGGUCGACCGCCUCACAGAAUCCAAUCAUAUUUGUGUGCUUCGGGGCAAGUUUUAAUUCUGUCUGGUAA